AUGCAAAAUAAUAACUUUAUUUCAUUAAAAUCAAAUACUCCAACUAGUAUCACUGUUUCAAUUGACAUAAAUCACAAUAAAUAUAAAAAGAAAUGCAUCUUAUAUAUCAUUGUAUUAUAACAACAACGCAAAAUAAGCACUCAUCAAAUCUAACCACCAUUUCCAAAUGAAUAUACUAUUAGUCACUUAAAACAUCAAAGUAUGUACACUCUGAAGAUUAGAUUAGAACAUGGAUAAGAGAAUCUAUUAUAAACUUUACAUUGUAAUACAAAGUCAGAUUCUAAUUUUGUCAUUUCAAAUCUCUAAUAACAUUAACAGACAAUUAGAGAUCCUGUUUAUUCUAAUAGUGAAUAAUAAUUAGUAUAAGUUAUUGCUGCUGAAAAUGAAGGAAUCAAUAUAUUCCAAAAUAAAUAAGAAAUUAAAUCCUUGAUUCAAAAAGCUCGCAAUAAUACAUCUGCUAAAGGAUUCAUCUAUUCAGAAUACAAAAUUAACAAACCACCUGAAUUAAAACAAGAAAGAUUAAAACGUAUUUGGAUGAUAUCCAAAGGAUAAGAAUUCUUUGAUGAAGUUUAUGGCAACAUAGAUCCUGGCUUUCAAUUUCUCAAAAAUGACUGGUUUAUGGGACCUUUUUAUAGUUAUGAUCCAAACGAAGAAUUAUUACGUAAAAAUUAAGAAAACCGUGAUUUGUAAAUUAAUUAAUCAUUAUGACAUUAUAUUGUAUUUAAAAUUUAACAUCAAAUGGAGGCAUUUUUUGAUUUCACGUAAUCAUACUCCAAUACUUUAGUUAUUUUCAUGAUCUUAGAAAAAUUUGCUCGUAGGAUACAUACAAAGAAAAACUUAGACUCUUCCUAUUUAAUCCAUAUAUGGAAUUAAAGGAGCACCAAGAGAUAGUUGAUCUCUUUAUUGAAUAUGUAUUAUGUUUCAUUUUACUUAUAGGCUGAUUUGUCUCAAGAAUAUACUAUCACUUUUGACCAUAUGAUUAAUCAUAAUAUUGGUAUUAAGGAACCCUAAUUCUAUCAUUACUUUUUCAAUAAACUUAAAGAGAUCAAUUACAGAAAAGCUCUAUAAUGUAUUUAAAUGGCUAAGCAGUAUAAUUUUAUAUAUUAUUAUAAAAUAGAUUUUGCUAUUCAAAUUUCGAAUAAAUUGAUUCUAUGAACAGAGAUUUAGAAAACAUCCUUCUUUUCUAAUUCGACUCUUAUUAUCAAUCCAAAAAUUAUUCCAAAAAACAAAUUGAAGAAAAACUUAAACAAUUUGAAUUAAAAUUUUAUUAAUCCAAAAACAAAAGAAUCCAAAUCCAUAUUGAUGAACAAUACAGAAAAUUAGAUCUUAAAGCUAUAAUUCAUGAGAUUGAGUCUUUCAAAGAAAAUAAAUGCAAUUCCCAUUCAUCUACUCACAAUCCAAUUUCAUAAACCUAUUAUUUAAAUCCAGAAGAAUAGGACUUUUGUAGUCAACUAGAAUCUAAAGAAUUCAAACUCAUCAAACCUAAAUUCUAAAAUAAUCGUAGCAAUCUUCAAAUUAUUACAUAAUCCCCUAAUUUCUCAAAUGACAUUGCUUUAUCUGAAGAAAUCAAUAAACUCACUCCUAUCAGUACUUCUUCAACAUCCAGCAGAUACAUAUUUAAAUUGAAUCAUAAUUACAACAUCAAAUCCAACUAACAAUAAAAAUUAAUCAUACCCAUACCUACUAUUAAUUAAUAAAUCAGUCCAUUAAAAUCUUUAAAUCGAAUGAAGUACAAAAGCAUAUAAAAAUUAAGAUAACUUAUUUUUGAAGAUAAUGCUCAUAGUUCUGUCAAAGAACCUUUAAAAUUUGAUUCACCUGAAUGA